UUUUUAUCAUAAAUAUAUUUAAUACAAUGGCGUCUAAAGUUAAGAUAGCACUGAAAGACUUUGAAUUAAUGCAAACUCUGGGAACUGGCUCCUUUGGAAGAGUCAGACUAACAAAAGAAAAGGCAACUGGUCGUUACUAUGCUAUGAAAAUUCUUAAGAAGAAUGAUAUUAUAAAGUUAAAGCAAGUUGACCAUGUGAUAAGUGAAAAUACUAUUUUGGCAGAUAUUGAUCAUCCAUUUUUAGUGGGCUUACAAGGCUUUGAUCAGGAUAAGCAGUAUCUAUACUUUUUACUGGAAUAUAUCUGCGGAGGAGAGUUAUUCACUUACCUUCGGACUGAAGGCACAUUAGAUUCAAAUAAUGCAAGAUUUUAUUGAGGGCAGGUUAUACUCAUGUUUGAAUACCUGCAUUCUAAGAAUAUCAUCUACAGAGAUCUCAAGCCAGAAAACCUCUUGAUCGAUAACAUGGGUUAUCUUCGUCUAACGGACUUUGGUUUUGCAAAAUACUGUGAUGGAAGGACAUACACUCUCUGCGGAACUCCUGAAUAUUUAGCUCCUGAGGUUUUAAUGAAUAAAGGGCAUGGAAAACCUGUCGAUUGGUGGUGCUUAGGAAUCCUGACCUAUGAAAUGCUAGCUGGUAUCGAUCCGUUUAACGACGAAGACCCAAUGGCUAUUUAUCAAAAGAUAUUAAAAGGAAAAAUCAAGUUUCCUAAGGAUUUUAACAGGAAAGCAAAAAGUUUAGUAAAGCACCUUUUGGUAGCAGACACCUCUAAAAGGUAUGGGUGACUAAAAGGUGGAGUUGGAGAUAUUAAAGGACAUAAGUGGUUUAGGGACGAUUGGGAUUGGAUUUCGUUAGCAGAAAAAGAAAUACCUGCAACAUAUAUUCCUGAAGUAGACGACGAGGGGGAUACUUCAAAUUUCUCUGAAUAUCCUGAUUCUCCUGAACCAUCUCCUCCAGUUUCUGAAGAGGAGGACCCAUUUAAAGACUGGUAACUUC